GCUGCGCAAAGGUCGUUACGCUAAUCAGAUCGGCGCUGGCGCAUCAGUUUAUCUCGCGGCCGUCAUGGAGUACUUGGCCGCUGAAAUCUUGGAGUUGGCUGGCAAUGCAGCUCGCGACAAUAAGAAGACCCGCAUUAUCCCCCGUCAUCUUCAGUUGGCCACGCGCACCGACGAGGAACUGAACGAGCUGCUUAGUGGAGUCACCAUAGCUCAGGCUGGUGUUUUACCGAACAUCCAAUCUGUCCUUUUGCCUAAAAGGACCAGUCACAAAACCGACAAAUCCGAGUCCAACAAUUAAAUUAACCCUUCCCUUGACGUAAACAAUCGGCCCUUUUCAGGGCCACCAACUGUUCAUAAACGUAUUUGCGAACUAAUUUAUAAUUUUGGUAAAAUAUAAAUAUGGCUGAUGAAUAUAUUUAAAUUUUAUAUUUCGCGGGCUACGUGUUGUAGUACACUUAUUCACCGCGUGUAGCGCAGUUAUCGCGGAUCGGCUCGGACGACUUAUAAUGCAGUCUCGUGUUGUUGUGCGUCAAAAGUGCUAUAGUGAUACUUAGUUUAUACGAGGUUAACGUAUACAGCUAGCUCCGAAUCAUGGCUGACGACGAAUUUGAAGCUGACGAUGUCGCAGAUGAAUUUGAUGAUGUCGAAGAUGAUGAUAAUAUUGAGUUAGAGCAACAAGAAGAUGAUGGAGAAAAUUUUGAACUAGUAGCAGCUGGUGAAGCUUCUGGUGGUGUUCAGAAAAGUAAAAGGAUAACCACAGGCUACAUGACAAAGUAUGAAAGAGCACGAAUAUUAGGAACCAGGGCUUUACAAAUAUCUAUGUGUGCUCCGGUCAUGGUAGAACUAGAAGGUGAAACAGAUCCUUUGCAAAUUGCCAUGAAAGAGUUAAAACAACGCAAGAUUCCUAUAAUUAUUCGACGCUUUUUACCAGACCACAGUUACGAGGACUGGGGCAUAGAUGAAUUAAUUAUAAUAGAUCAUUAAACUUUUUUUAUUACGGCAAUAGAAAAUAUUUUUUUAUGUAUAAGUUUGUUAUUAUUAUUUGCAAGUAUUUCAAUAAAAAUCAUCUGUAAAUGUAAAAAAA